CAGAUACUGGACGAAGUUCGCACUGACCUGCAGCCGCCGCCGCUGCUGUUGCUGCUGCACGGAUGAGUCUCCACGUAAAUAUAUAGCCGCGGCUGACUAUGCCGAGUUAAAGAGCAUCUGACUUGCGUGCGCUCUGUCCAAUGAUGGCACGCGAUGUAAUGCCCGUGGAUGGUUUCACGGGAAAAGCGAUGCCCAGAGGUGAGCCCUGCACAUGCAGCGCCAACUGCCGGAGUCGGAGCACCAGUGUCGUCUUCCUCGGAUUAUUUCUGCUGUCACUCUCCUUGCACGCGGUCACGCUUGUCUGCUAUGUGGACCUGCGCUCCGAGGUCAAAAGGGAAAUAAUCCACCAGAAGCGAGACUCCAUGCUGACACUAGCGGGCAGCGACCUGGGCAACACCGUGUCUGGGGUAUUCCCGCCCGACCCCCCGCGGUUCGAACCCCGCAGCAGCCGCUCCGCAGAUGACCCCGAGGGGCAAUUACUGCACAGAAAUAGAGACAUCCUUGCCACUGAAGACAAUCGAGGCAUAACUCAAAGGGAGAAAAGAAGUCCCGGCAAGCAGCCAGAAGCAGAAUCGACAGGAAAAGAGAAAAGGAAAGAAAAGAAAAAAGGCAAGAAAAGAGCCAUACCGGGCCCCCCUGGUCCUCCCGGCCCCCCGGGCCCCCAGGGCCCACCGGGGAUCCCCGGAAUCCCAGGGAUCCCAGGAAGCAAUGCCGUGGGUCCUGCAGGACCUCCCGGGCCCCCUGGGCCACAGGGGCCUCCAGGCGCCCAAGGCCCAGCAGGAGUUCCUGAUCAGACAAAAAUAAAAGAAUUCCAGCCCGCAGUGGUCCAUUUGCAAGGGCAGGAAACGACCAUCCAAGUGAGAGAAGAUCUUUCGGAAGGCAUCCUCAAAAACUGGAAAAUGGUGUCCAUCCAUCACCGUGUGUUUAAAAUGCACUCUCGCUCUGGAGAGCUAGAGGUGCUAUUGGACGGUGUCUACUUCAUCUAUAGUCAGGUAGAAGUGUACUACCUCAACUUCACAGACAUCGCCAGCUAUGAGGUAAUGGUGGACGCCAACCCGUUUCUCCGCUGCACUUGCAGUAUUGAGACAGGCCAGCGCAAGUUCAACACUUGCUACACAGCUGGGGUGAGCCUGCUGCGUGCUGGCCAGAGAAUAUCCAUUCGCAUAGUAUAUGAGGACACGCUCAUCAGCAUGACCAACCACACCACUUUCUUGGGGAGUGUCAGACUUGGAGAGGUGCCAUCUGCUGGACAGAAUUGAUAACUGCAAACGUCAGCCUGUGUGUGUGUGUGCGUGUGUGUAUUUCAAGACAUGGUUAGACUUGUGUCUGAAAGCUUCCCGUUUUGCCCAGUGAGAGCCUGCUCGGAUGACACUGAAACCCUGUGAGGUGAUUAAGGUUGAGGAUCACUCAAGCUCACAGUCACAGCCCAGUAGAAAAGAGGACAUUAUGUGACUGUUCUGCUUGUGCUUCCACUGAUUCAGUGCUAUUGGUCAUGAUGAGCUGAAUGUCUGUUUGCUCAUCAAACAAAUGUCACUAUUUAUAGCGACCCGCCUCUCUUCUUUCUCUCUCUCUCUUAAUAACUAGGAAGGAUACUGCUCAAACUGGUAUUUUAGAUUCACAAUGAAAUGCUGUUGAAUCGUAAUUUUGUAUCUCCAAAAAGCAUGUGGUCAUAUUUUGAUGUAUUUGUACACUACUUAAUUUAAGUGUAUCAAUACCUAGAUGUGAUUUGUCAUAAAGAGCAAAAAAUUCAAGUGCGAAAUUUAAUAAAAAAAGAAAGUUGAGAAAAUCCAUGCAACUGGAGUCAAAAGGUAUUCCCAGAGCAACAGCACUAUAUAUUUUGCGCACAUUUUGCACAGCAAUAUCCCUGCAGAAUAUCAGUGAUAUUUUUUGUGACAGUGCUAUUGUUGACUUACCGUAUGAAUGCAUACAUGUGGGAAAUUAUGUGGGGGUUUUUAUACGUCUGUGUACAUAUUGUAUAUAAAAAUGGGAUAUACUUUUGUAAAUUGAGUUGAUUGAAAGAUUAAAAUGGUUUGUUCUGUCUAAAGG